AUGAGUGAAGAUGGUCUCUUUUAUUUUGAGGACAAUGAACAGGACUUGCACGUUUCGACCUUUUCACUUUGCAUGUCCCCUGCCAAAUCGCCAACACCUUCUUCCUAUUCAACUUGUUCGUCUGACUCUUUCACUUCAUCAGCCUAUUCUUCUUGCUCCUCGUUGUCGGACUAUUCGUCUCGCAGUGCAAUUUGCAACAACUUUCGAUGUUGGGUCACUGAUCCACCCAAGAAGAAUCGAGAUAGCCAGGAUGAGAUCAGUGAAGAUGACGCUAACACCUCCCUGAUGGAAGAAACUCCGCAGCUCAUUCUCUCUUCCCAUUGUGAAGUUAAGCCCAAAGUGUAUCGCUCAGAGUUCAAUGUAUGUAUUACACUACACAAACUUAGCAUUUGUUUAUAUUUUUCUUUAUUUCUAAAUUGUCAAUCUGCAAACCAACAUUCUUGUAUACAUUCUGCCUGUUUUAUUUUGAGUAUUUUUUAG